AUGGCUGCAAAACAGAGAUGUCCUCCUUCUGAUGCCGCUAUCUUGUCCAGUGAGAAGCAUCACGAGAACGCAUCAAAUAACACAACCAAGUUUACAGAUGGCGCGUCAAACGAAUUCGAAUUUGGUGGCUCGAUUGGUGCAGCGUUGUUAAUGACGGGCUUCCCCCUACUGAUGUGGUACAUGUGGAUAGGUGCAACGUACUAUGAUGGGCACUUGCCAAUGCCCGAGGUCAACCAGACUUGGACUGACUUUGGUCAGCACCUCUUUCUGUUGGUUUCCGAGGGGGCCUAUCCAACUGCGAAAGCUUGGGCAAUCUAUUGGAUAUUUUUCAUUGUGGAGGCACUUAUGUACUGCUAUAUGCCCGGAGUAUCGAAUUACGGUCGUCCAUUGAGACACGAAGGCGGCAAAAAGCUUCCUUAUUACUGUUCCGCAUAUUGCAGCUUUUAUGCAACAUUAAUCAUUGCCGCCGUGCUGCACACCACACGCGUAUUCCCAUUGUAUACGCUAAUUGACGAGUUUGGACCUCUUAUGACCGUUGCAAUCCUGUCUGGAUUUCUCAACAGCUUCAUCGUCUACUUCCAAGCUAUCGUACGUGGACGAACGCAUCGGCUUACAGGCUAUCCCAUAUACGACUUUUUCAUGGGUGCUGAACUGAAUCCUCGUAUCGGCAUUUUGGACUUCAAAAUGUUCUAUGAAGUGAGAAUUCCGUGGUUCAUCCUAUUCCUCAUUACUUGCUCCGUAGCUGCUCGCCAGUUUGAAACCUACGGCUACGUCUCAAAAGAGGUACUCUUCCUAGUUGGGGCUCAUUUCCUAUACACCAACGCUUGCGCCAAAGCUGAGCAAAUGAUUAUUACGAGCUGGGAUAUGUAUUUCGAGAAGCUGGGCUUUUUGCUUACCUUUUGGAACAUGGCCGGUGUUCCCUUUACUUAUUGUCAUUGUGCUCUUUACUUGGCCAAUCACAACCCAUCCGAAUACCACUGGAAUUAUUUCUCUUUCACAUUGCUUGCAGUUGUAUAUCUUUUCAUGUACUGGAUGUGGGAUAGUGCCAAUGGCCAAAAGAACGCAUUCCGCCACAAGGAAAAAGGUCAACUCAUCAAGCGCAACACCUUUCCUCAAGUUCCAUGGCAAUCGAUUGAGAAUCCCAAGACUAUAGAAACCGAUACAGGUGAUCAUAUACUGGUCGACGGAUGGUUUGCAAUUAUCCGAAAGCCAAAUUAUGUCCCUGAUAUGUUCUUCUCUAUGUCCUGGGGGUUGAUUACCGGCUUCGAGAGCCCCUUUCCAUGGUUUUAUUUCGUUUUCUUCAUGGUCAUGAUCAUUCAUCGAACAAGGAGAGAUAUUAUUAGAUGCCGGAGAAAAUAUGGCGAAGCCUGGAAGCGAUACGAGAAAGAAGUCCCGUAUAUCUUUAUCCCGGUGAGUUUUAUCUUGGCAUAG